UUAUGGCGGCUGCUUCAAAAACACGGAAGUGAUGCUGAAUGACGAUUGUCAAGACCCAAAGGGAGCUGUUGUGGAGGCCGUGGUGGAUGAGCUCCUCGAGGAGGUCGGUAGAACAUACAAGGACAAUGGGAAAAUUCCAGAUGAAGUUCUAUCAGCGUUGAACAAUGUGUUCCAGUCAAGCCUGCUACCAGCCCUGGAGCUGGUGGACAGUCAUAACGUCACCAAAGUUACCUGCCCCGCUGGCCGAGCCCUCUACCAGGUAAUUGGCAGUUCAGGCACACCAUACACAUGCUUUCUGAGCAGCCGCUACUGUUCCUGCCCCUCUUACCAGUUUUCCUGCCUCAAGAAGGGGGACCACCUCAUGUGCAAGCAUGUGCUGGCUGUGAGACUGUGUGAGGCAAUGGGUGGUGUACGGGAACUGGAUGUCACCAAUCAGGAGAUCACCAACAUGCUCAAACAGCUCGAAUGAACACUGGGAUAGCUGCAAUGUGAACGCUAGGAGAGUUGAUGCUGCGGUGCAAAUUAUUAUAUGGAAAUCAUAUAGUCAUAUCAAUACAAUAGCUGCUUUUGAACAAACCUUAAGUUCACCUAAGGUUAAGUUUGCUUGAUCAAGCAUGUCAGUAUGUUGGUACAUUGAGCAAGUACUGAAAAAAGAACUUACAUUACCAAAAUUACAAUGUAUUAAAAGUAUGUGUUGUGGUUUGAUGUGACUUACUGACAAACAAUUCCAAGUUGGUACACAAACCUAUAUAAACACUUUUAUAUGAUUUUUAAGACUCUCUCCUUUUACACUGAACGAUUUGUGGUGUGCAUUGGGUAUAAAACUGUUACUGAGAACUUGCGAAAUUGAUAAGAAAAUGAAUUUGGUUGCUUAUAAUUGAUUGCGAUAUUUAAAAAUUGUUGAUUGGCAUUUUUUUUAUAAAGUGUGAUGAUAAUAUUCAUCCUGUUUUUUCAUUCUGGUGCGAAAAAUCUGACCCGAUGGCAAGUGCAGAAAAUGGUUACGAUGUAUGCCGAGUAACCAGCCACGCAGCAUGCCCAAGGGUCGGUUUUAUCAAUCUAGAAAUUAUUACCCAAACCGAAAACUCAUGAUGGUUUUUUUGUCUUGCAAACCAUAAUUUUCAAUUGGUGUGAAAAUUUACAUAGAAAACACAUUUUUGUGCAUUUCAGAAAACAGCACGUAUGAUUUUGUUCACUGAUGUCAUUAUGCAUGAUGCAUAAUAAUUGUAGUUAGAUUGGUUGGUGCUUUUUCAAAAUUGUUCAAAGAAAUGAAUUCCAUUCAGAACUCUGGUUGCCAUGGCAACCUACAGGAAAAACUACAAAAAAAAAUUGGCAAAUACUAUGAGUCCUAGUGCUUAAAUAUUUGGUGUGUAACAUUGUCUAUUGGUUAUCUACCAUGUUUAUUCAAAUUAUGACCUUGGAGAAAAAUUGGCCUCACCCCGUGGGUUAAAAUGUUCAUUAUAAAUACAUUUUGUUAAAAUCUGAUAGUUAUGUAAAGUUUACUCUUGAAGCAAGGGCAGCAAGUUUUGCUAUAUGGUCUCCCUUUUUGUUGGAGAUUGCACUACUUUCUAUUUUAGUAACAAGGGAAUAGAUUUUAAAUUUUAUUAAGUCUUCAAAAUAUUUUUAAGGUAAUUAUUGUACAUGUAGAUUAUUGUAAACUUCAUGUAGAUUAUUCUAAGCUACAAUCUUAUCUUUUGUGUGGAUAGUGUUAUAAGCCUUAUAUAAAGAAUAUUUUGAUUGUACACAUGUGAAGAAGGGUGAUGUUGUCCUAGAUGGAAGAAGAGAUUAUAAGUAUCUUCCAUGGCCGAGAGUGUAAGAUAGGUUCAAGGGAUGAAUCUUUCUUACACGAGCGGCUAUGGUAGAUGCUUUUUCUCCCACUUCAGUUAAACAAAAACAAGUAAAAAUGUAUUUUUUUGCCGGAACUCUUUUGUGGUUAGUGAAAAUAAUUGCGUACGGAUAUGCAAUAAUUCGUGGUUGUCAUGGAUAUUCGCGCAGUGAUUCAGAGUAUGUAAAUGGUCUGAUCGGUCUUUAAAUAGUUCUAAGAAGAGUGAAGCAUUAUUUCUUGAAAGGUGCGUGAAAACUGUUUUCUGGUGACAUUUGAAGCGAGAAAUAAUUAACUCGCGUUCUAAAUAUUGCCACCAGACAAGGUUUCCAUGAUGCGCUACAGACGACAGUCUUCAACAAGGGAGGUAAUUACAAUGUGGUGACCAUUUAAAGAAGAUCCAUACGGGCAUUUUGUCUUCGCCCGUGGGCAAGAUAAGAAUUUCUAGCAUGGUUAAAUUAAUGGAUCUACUUAUCUGAGGUGGCAGAAAAUAUUAGUCGAAGGUGCUAAAUAUGUACCGAUAUUUGAUUUUUAGAGCUUAAGGCAGUUUAUUGAUUUUAUUGGAUGGUGCACUGUUUGUUGUUUGUGUGUCUAUACUAAAAGUUCUUUCAGUGUGCAAGCAAUUUUACA